AUGUCCACGCCUUCGUCUUCCACGCGUGGUCCCCCGACCUCCCCGCAGGUUACGGCCUCGGUCGUGAAGUUUCGCUGCCUGUACACUCACGAUCUACGCCGUAAGUCCAAACGAUGGCACGAUGGCUACCUUCGAUAUCAUAAAUUCAACAAGCGUGUCAUGGUCUACGAUGACCAGGGAAACUUUAUUGGUGACCACCACUGGCGAUCUCCGGAUGAAGUACAGGAUGGUGACGAGAUGGAGCUGGACAAAGGGGUUCUAAUUGAGGUGACCGAGAACAUGGGCACAACAGAGACGGAUAUCACAACCCUUUACGAAAAAAGGAUAUCUAGUCAGGGCUCACCGCAGACUAAAGCCCCGGUGUCCCAAGUCCCUCGCACCUCUACCCAGACCUCGACCCAAACCUCUGCACCUAUUCGUUCAUCCGGUUCGUCCCAGUCAUUCCGUUCACUUAACGAUCUGCUAGGGAUCAAAAGGACUCCAAUCGGGCAUUUGGUACCUCCAUAUGAGGAACGACGUCCUUCGAGACCUACAUCCAGCGUUCAGGCGUCUGCACCAGCACCGAAGCGACAGAAGACAUCAUCGGUAAUGAAUCUAAGCCUUGAGCAAGGCUCGAGUGCCCAGAGUGAGGUCAUUGAUUUGACCGAUUCAGCUGAUUCAAAUGAGAGACCCUUCGCGAGGCAGAUGCUAAAUCAAAUAGCAAAGGAACUACCUAGACCCGGGGGUGAUUCUACUUAUGCACCCCUGGUAAAUCGUGAGCAGACGUCGAUAGUUCAGUCAAAACAAACUCAGCCACUGAGACACAAUCCUCCAUUCUCAACGGCCCCCGCUCCAAGUUCAUCUGAACCAACACUUGACAAGGCACCAUCAAGGGUGUCCAAUCUGAAAGGUCCCGGCGCAAUGAAUCAACAAAUGCACUGCCCUCUAUCCAACCGUCAAAACCCCCCGGCCCCUCGUCGAAAGGCCCUCUUCCCAUCCCCCCCAGGAACACAAAAAGCGAGGCCUCAACAGAAUUUGCACAUGGAGCAGCCAUCAAUCACCCGUGCAAAUCAAGCAAAAGCCGUGUCACGCCUGACCCCACCACACAAGUCUGACCCUCCGAGGAUCUCAAGAGGCUCCUCCCCAGGUGCACCUAGACAGCUGUCUGCUGGCCCAUCUAUACCGCAGGCGCCAGUACGUGCAGUCACCAAUUAUGUUAAACCUAUUGAACCUGCGAACAAUCAGGCUCCAACGAACGUUCCACCUCCAACGCAUUAUUCAUCUCCAGCCAAUAUUCCACCUCCAGCCAACAACUCACCUUCAACGAACAUGCCACCUCCAUCGCAUCCACCUUCGGUAAUACGAUCUGGGGCACCUAUAUCGUCUUUACGCAUGGGAACCGGGAAGCCACGCAGAAAAUUGAUGUACAGUGCUUUACUGCCCGGUGCUUCACGAACUCCAUCUCCGGCGACCUCAGACACACUUCCUACGAGUGCACGCCGUGAGCCGGCCACAGAAUCCCUGGAACAAUACCUGGCUGCCGCACCAGGUGAUUCCUCAAGACCAAACGAAGAGUUUUUGCCCUCAACCUCGACUCAAUUUAUCUUUGACGAGAUGAUAGAUGGAUCAGGCUUCAAAUCCCCGUCCACUAUCAAAAGGCUCGCCGGGAAAAGGUCUAUCGAUUCACCGUUGCGCAAAUCAAUUUCAGAUCCAACCGCAUUAACUGCCCGCCGGGUCAGAGCAGGAGUAUCAUUCCAUGCAGCUAACAUGGAAGACCAGCCCAAAGAGCAGGGCCCAUGGACGUCCGAGGCAUUAGACUUGUUUGACUUCUGGCCUGUUGGACGAUCCAAGCCGCCAAACAACUGA